GGUAAAAAAGACGAGAAGGAAACAAGGCCUGGGCGAACAUUUGAUCCCAGAUUGGAAAGUUAAGUAUUCUCAUUGGAGUGUAUAAGAGUGAGGCAGCCAUCGGAGGCCACCACAAAGACUAUUCCGCUGCUCUUUUGGAUUAAAUAGGACACCCAGUUCACACAGGACCAACAUGUCCCUCACCUCCAUCCUCUCAGCUGAGGACAUUGAAAAUGCUGUGAAGGAUUGUCAAGAUCCAGACUCAUUUUGCUACAAGAGGUUCUUCAGGCUAUGUGGCCUCUCCUCCAAGACACCACGGGAGGUCCAGAAUGUCUUCCAGAUGCUCGACGAGGACAACAGCGGCUACAUCGAGGAGUCAGAGCUCAAGUUUUUCCUGCAGCGGUUUGCCCCCGGGGCACGAACGCUCACUGAGGCCGAAACUAAGAGCUUCAUCUCAGCAGCGGAUGACGACAGUGAUGGGCGGAUUGGAGCACAGGAGUUCCAGACGAUGGUCCUAUCCUGAGUUCUGCAUGUGGAGUUCUCUGAUCCAUCUUCAAUUUGCAUUUCUUUUUUUUAUUCUUCAGUGGCUAUUUUGUGUACGCUAUAUAAUUUUUUUGUUAAUUAGUACACAAUAAAUAUAAAUUUGUGUUCUGUCUGUGCAGUCCUCUUCACCUAUGACAAUGAAAUACAUGAAAAAAAUGUGGCCUCUCUAAUAUGUGCUGAUAAAAUAAAGUUGG